CCAUUCAGACAUCUUGCAUUUUAUUAAGUCUGGUCCGGGGGAAAAUCUCCAUAAACAUACAUUGUUAUGCGUGUGUGCAUGUGUGUGUUUUCCACACAGAAACGGGAUAUCGCUGUGUUUUUGAAUCCUGCUCAUUUUUCACAGUGCGUUAGCGGAUGUGAGGCGGUCGGACCGAGCCUCGCGUGCCAAUCCCGCGGACUUUAGACGCUCUCUCACGGGGGCUCUCCACCAGUAUUGUGCGUCAUCUCCAUCGCUGCCGUUCUGCUAUUUUCUUCCUCCGGAGAGGCAACAUGGCAACUCCCGCCGCGGUCAACCCGUCCGAGAUGGGCAGUGAGUUGCCAGGGACAGUAGGGAUGCCCGGAGCAGUUGGUGCUGGCCAGGUUAGGAUGGGAGGUACCGUGCCAGGCCGCGGGGGCAAGAGGAGAUCAGGAGGAAUGGAAUUUGAUGAUGAAGAUGGAGAGGGACCUAGCAAAUUUUCAAGAGAGAACCACAGUGAGAUUGAGCGACGCAGACGCAACAAAAUGACUCAGUACAUCACAGAGUUGUCGGACAUGGUCCCUACCUGCAGCGCCUUAGCCCGGAAACCUGACAAGCUUACCAUCCUGCGUAUGGCUGUCUCCCACAUGAAAUCCAUGAGGGGCACUGGAAACACAUCCACUGAUGGGGCCUAUAAGCCCUCCUUUCUCACUGAACAGGAACUAAAACAUCUGAUCCUGGAGGCUGCGGACGGAUUCCUGUUUGUUGUCGCAGCAGAGACGGGCCGGGUCAUCUAUGUGUCUGACUCAGUGACGCCGGUGCUGAACCACCCCCAAUCCGAGUGGUUUGGCAGCACUCUGUAUGAGCAGGUCCACCCCGACGAUGUUGACAAGCUGAGGGAACAGCUGAGCACCACAGAGAACUCCAUGACAGGACGGAUUCUGGACCUGAAGACAGGAACAGUGAAGAAGGAGGGACAGCAGUCCUCCAUGAGGAUGUGCAUGGGAUCCCGCCGCUCCUUCAUCUGCCGCUUGAGGUGCGGCAGUGCUCCUCUGGAUCACAUCUCCCUAAACCGUCUGUCAAACAUGAGGAAGAGAUACAGGAAUGGCCUUGGACCGUCAAAAGAAGGAGAAGCUCAGUACUCUGUGGUGCAUUGCACUGGCUACAUCAAAGCCUGGCCCCCUGCAGGUAUGACUAUACCAGACGAAGAUACAGAGGCAGGUCAGACCGGGAAGUACUGCCUAGUGGCCAUCGGAAGACUGCAGGUGACCAGUUCUCCGGUCUCCAUGGAUAUGAAUGGCCUGUCGGUGCCCACAGAAUUCCUGUCACGUCACAACUCGGAUGGCGUCAUCACUUUCGUUGACCCGCGCUGUAUCAACGUCAUUGGUUAUCAGCCUCAGGACCUGUUAGGAAAAGAUAUUCUGGAGUUCUGUCAUCCUGAGGAUCAGAGUCACCUGAGAGAAAGUUUCCAACAGGUGGUGAAGUUGAAGGGACAAGUUCUGUCAGUGAUGUAUCGUUUCCGAAUGAAGAACAGAGAGUGGAUGUUGAUCCGAACAAGCAGUUUCACCUUCCAGAACCCAUACUCUGACGAGAUAGAGUACAUCAUCUGCACCAACACCAACGUCAAGCAGCUACAGCAGCAGCAGCAGGCAGAGCUGGAAGUUCACCAGAGAGAUGGACUAACUGCCUAUGAUCUCUCCCAGGUGCCUGUGGCCAGCGUCAGCAGUGGAGUCCAUGAGGCAGGGAAGAACAUCGACAAGACAGAGGCUCUGUUCUCCCAGGAGAGAGACCCACGCUUUGCUGAGAUGUACACCGGCAUCUCUGGCUCGGGAGAUAAGAAAAUGAUGGUUCCCUCCUCCACAGCUGGAGGACAGCAGCUCUACUCCCAGAGCUCUCCUUUCCAGCAGGGACACUCUGGCAAAAGCUUCAGUUCAUCUGUGAUCCACGUCCCUGGUGUGAAUGAUAUCCAGCCAUCAGGGUCAUCCAAUCAGAAUCUAGCUCAGAUUUCUAGGCAGCUCAAUCCAGGCCAGGUUGCAUGGUCAGGCAACAGACCCCCCUUCUCGGGACAGUCCAGUAAAGCCCAGUCCAGUCCAUUUGGCAUUGGUUCUGGCCACAGCUACCAGACCGACCCGGCCUCCUACAGUCCUCUGUCCUCACCAGCCACUUCCUCUCCUAGUGGCAACGCUUACUCAGGACUGACAAACCGCAGCACAGCAUUUGAUGUGUCGGGGGAAAGCAGUCAGAGUGGAGCCCAGUUCCAGGGUCGUCCGAGCGAGGUCUGGUCCCAGUGGCAGAACCAGCAUCACUCCCAGCAGGCGGGGGAACAGCACACACACCCCAACCCCAGCCAGACAGAAGUCUUCCAGGACAUGUUACCCAUGGCUGGAGAUCCCACUCAGGGAACAGCCAACUACAACAUUGAGGACUUUGCUGACCUCGGCAUGUUCCCACCUUUCUCUGAGUAACCAGCCCCCCUUCUCUCUGUUUCUCUCUCUCUUUCUAUCACUCCCCCUCUCAGAACUAGACUAGUUUGCAUUCAUCGCUCAUGUUCUGUCUCGUUGUUUCUACACCAUCGGUCAAAAGUUCAACAACACUCCCAUUUUUCCAGUUUUUAUGAAAUUUCAUCAGUUCAAGUCCAGUGAAGAAGCUUCAGUGGAACAAAGGUCAGCAACAAACUGGCCAAGAUAAAUGAAAAAGAAAGUUUAGGUCACCAAACAGUGUGGAUUUCAUAGAAAACAGACAUGAAGACAUUGGCUAACUCACAUUUUCCUGCAGCAGUGGGAAAAAAACCAAGGCUUUAAAUUUGAUAAAAACAGUUUGUACAGGUGUUGGUGACUUACAAACCAGUGUGUCUGAAGUCUGUUACUACAGCCUCUGGUACAUAAAAAGGACAACGCUGAUCUAGAAGGUAGUUCUGCAUAUUUCUAUCAGAAUGGUUAGAAAAAGAAAAGGAAAACAAAUGAAGACAGACUGAGCUUUAUCCUACAACAACAUAAUGACAUGAAAUAUUGAAUUAUUAUUAUUAUUAUUGAUAAGAACAGAAGCAGACAGAGGCUUCACAUGAUGAAGAGCAGCACGGUCUCCAGGUCAUGGAGCUGGUUUGAUGAAGUGGACAGAGGAUGAAACUAAAACUAAAACGUUAGUGGUGAAACUGUGUAUUUUUCUGAACAAUGUUUCAUCUCCGUUGCAGAAAGAACAUCAUGUGUGUUCGUCUGUUGGAGAUUAUAUUUAGUUAAAAAACAUUCCCAUGAUCUAUCCUGUAAAAAAAAUAAACUCAUAAUUUUUUUGUUCUAUGCUUUAAUUUAAAAAAUGGAGGUGUUGUAAAACAUUUGACCCGCAGUGUAUCUUACUGGGUCACAAACACACAGCUGAUGUGCAACACGGUGAAUGUCUGGGUGCACUUGUCAUUUCACACACACAGCCACAACGUUUGCCCCUCCCCGAGGCCUACAGUAUGGAUCUGUGAAAAUACACAUACCUCAUCGCUGUUAGGAGGAGCACUGCGGUCAGAUGGAAGGAACACGAGCGAUCAUCAGCUGUUCGGCUGUCGUCACAGUGAUGGACAUUGUCUCAAGCCUUUAUAACAGGCAGUUGAACUCUGUAGCUCUCGGCAGUCAGCAGCACAACCGGAGGAGGACAGCCAACAGGUUACAGCUGGAUGUGUCAGACACUGGUGGAAUAUUAUCAAGAUUAUACACUUCCUCUCUUUUAGAUCCGAUAAGAGGAUGUUUCAAUAAAACUCAAUGUCCCCCAGACAUCAUUUCUCUCAGCUGUUCAUGUCAGCUCCACGCAGGUGACCACCAUUUAUGACUUUGCCAACAAUAUAUUUUCAAGAUGGAAUAAUGACAUCUGAGGAAAAAACUCAGCAGAAAAUUUUAAGUUUUUGAUGCUCUGUCAUGUAGAAAUACCCAGGGUGACUAUUUAAUAAAUGAAUAUUGCUCCCGAGCUGCUGCAUUAGAUUGACUUUUAAUGUGAUGCAGAAAAUUUGCACUUGUUUCUGGUCAAAUGAAAUAUCUGCAAUAAAUCUGCCCUGAAUAUUAUUUUUGAUUUAAUAUUUCACUCACUGAUAUAAGGUCAUUUAACAUUUAGCCUUGAUGAGGAUGCUGAUGUGCAGCUGACAGGUAACAGCAUCCACAUGUCAAUGAACUGUAAAUAGGCUAAAGUUACACCAUGGUGAUUCAUCAUUACUUAUCUACGGAGGAAUUUAGGUCUGUGCUUUUCCAGCAAAGUUUCCCAAAUGUACGAGAGUCGUUGCUCAACUGGGAUUGAGAGCAUUACCGCCUGUUUGUUACUUUUUACACUUCCUGUAUAACAUGUGUUGCAGUGUGAGCACACAGGUUAACACAUAGUCACCAGUGCAUUAGAACUGCUGGUGUCUGCCACAGCUCACAAAUGUCAGGCAGUGGAAGUGUAAUUAAAAGAUGUCAACUCAGUCAUGUUCAUUGUGAUUGCAGAAAAAUUGUGUCAGUGUGCUGCCACAAUUUGGAGACUGCUCAAAGUGGAGACUGCUCUUUAAGUCAGCAGACGACUGUAGGAAAAGUUCUGCUAUUUGAAUCUCAAUUUAUGGUUUGGGCCACCAGUGUCAGCCCAGACAGGAUGUCAUUUACCUCACACUACAAUAGGACCCAUACACUAGUAGGAGACUAGUUCCCUCCUAUGGUAAAACCUGCAGUGACUGUAGAGAGCAUCAGUGGACAACAAUAGGGACGUCAAUGACAAGAAGUAAAAUGUCUGAGCGCUGAAGACAUUCACCUCCAUCUGCCUGGUGCCGCCUCUCACGCACCAUCACUGACUCUGCCAAACAGCAGCAGGUGAGGAGAUGCUGCUGCACUCCACCUGCUGCUGACCUCACUCUCCGUCAACCUUAUGAUGUAAACUAUAUGUAGUGAUGUCCAGAUGCGAGUACCGAAGGAUUCUAUGUAUACAUGAAACAAAAAAGAAUAAAAUAAACUCAUUGCAGACAGUUAAGCUAAGGCUUAAAGUGCACUUCAUGAAGCUAACUGCUAAUCUCACCAGCCUGCUUUAUAAGGGAAAAACCGCCAUACCGUCCAAGCAAAUCGCAGUAUUUACUAGUGUAUUUGGUGUUCUUCAGCUCUCGCUACUUGACUUAAUUACUUAAUAAUCUUUUCAACUAUUAAGAGACUGAAUAAUACUUUCUAGUGGGGGAGCUUUUACAUGAUAGAUUGUAUAAUGUCCCUGACAGACGGAUGGAGAAGCGUGAACAGACGUCGAAUCAUUUUGCUAAAGAUCUCAGAUUGAUGUUUUCUUUUUGUAAAUAAUGUGAUUUUUAUGUCGACUCGUGUUACUUUCACACAGUACAUGUUCUUUUGUGUAGGUUUUAAUGAUAUUGUGUGCAAUGUGACUACAUAUUUAACUAUUGGUAUUUAGUUAGUCUGUUCAUUGUACAUUGAGUUCUAGACCUGUACAAAUGGUGUAAAUGUGACCCAUUAUUUUUGUGUAACAAAUUGUGCUUGUGACAAUAAAUUCUUAUUGGUUA